CAUUGCAUACCGGCAAUAUCUGUGGUGAACUGGAUGUGCAUCUUCUUCAUGGUUUAACCUGCUUCGGGAAAUGAUAGUUUGAUUAUAAUAAGUGAAAAUUACCGGUGUGAAAAUAUGUGAAAUAUGUAAACACAAUAAUUUCGAUCAUUUUAAAACGAGAUAUUUCAUUUGAUAUAUUGAAGUGUAUUUUGAUUUUGAUUUCAAUACGUUCCGUUAGUUUAUUUUCGGUGUUGAGUCAAAAUAAACAAAUUAUCGGAAAUGUAAUAAUACUUAUAUUUAACAUGAGUUAAGUGUUUUAGUAUUUCGUUUAAAGGAUAAUUCAACAGCGAACAUGUGGAAAAUAACGGUGUUGUUAACCUGCAUCCUUGUGUUGGAUUUCUAUGGUUGUGUUUCCGGCCAGAGUGAGUGUGAGCGCGUGCCGAUUCACACCUUGGCCCACCGGACGUCCGGCGACGGCGGCUUCAACAUCUUGGUGAAGGGGCUGCCUAGUCACGGCCGCUACACCCCCGGGGAGACGUACUCAGUGGUCGUGAAAAACAAGGAGAAAGGCCCGGAUAAAGGGUUGCUUGGGCUCAUGUUAGUCUCCUUCCCUGAGGGUGCCAAGGACGAGACCGUUUCCGCUGGAAACUUCUCCCUUCCGACUGACCACGUGAAGGCGGCAAAGGAUUGCGGACACACGGUUAUCGUCCACCAUUACCUCAUCAAAAAGAACAAGAUGCGAGUCAACUGGACAGCGCCAGCUUCCGGAUGUGUUGUCUUCAAGGCCACUGUCAUCUCCGAGAACACAACCAAAUGGCACAAAGACGAUGGAGGACUAACCACGAAAAUAUGUGACGAAGAGUUCGUCCGGGCACAGGGUGACGUGCCUGCCCAGCGCGACCACCCGGAGUGCUGCGCGUGCGGGGAGGCCCGCUACAAGAUGGUCUUCGAGGGCCUCUGGUCCAGACAGACUCACCCUAAAGACUUUCCAUCCGGAAAAGACGCGUACCUUCUGCACUGGUCCAACAUCGUUGGAGCCAGCCACACGGAGGACUACCACAUCUGGAAGUACGGCGGGUACGCGGAGCGCGGGGUGCGGGAGGUCUGCGAGUAUGGAUACUCCAGCGUUCUGGAACAGGACAUGAAACAAAACAGCGACAAAAUAUACACGGUGAUUAAGACGUCACCGAUGUGGCGUGACGUCACGAAGACUCGCGAGGCUGUGUUCAAGGUGAACCAGAAGGCGCACAUGCUUUCUCUUAUCACCAUGGUCGGACCAAGCCCCGACUGGUGUAUAGGCAUUCCGUCUGUGUCGGUGUGCCAGGCGAAUUGCACGUGGGCGGACAAGAUGGAGGUGGAGCUCUACCCCUGGGACGCCGGAACUGACGACGGAAUAAAGUAUAUCAACCCCCGGAAGUUCCCCACCAAGCCGCCAGAGCGGAUCCACCGCAUCACGAACAUGUGGCCGAAACACCAAGACUCUCCGUUCUACCAAACGGCACCGGUAAAGCCCAUGGCGCGCGUGACGCUCACUAAGCUGAAAGAAAACUGUGGCGGAGAUGACGGGAGCCACAGUAGCGAGGACAUUCCCACCACCGAGGACCUCAUUGACAUGAUGAAACAGAAGAUGAUGAUGACCAAGAAACUCGAGAUGAUGAAGUGCGCGACCACGGACUGGGCGGAGUGGUCCGAUUGCAGCAACAAUUGCGGCCAGGGAAUGCGGCGCCGGAACCGCCAACUCGUCAACGAGAACAUCCUGCCGUCCAUGUGUACCGUGGAGCUGGAGGAGGAGGAAACGUGCCAGGGAGACUGCGUGGAUAAUAAGCCCCGGAAGACAGGCCGCGACAAACUCAGCAGCAACUUUGAGGUACGACACACGCUCCAGUUGGAUCUGGACGACCCGUGCGCCAUAACGCCCUGGUCCGAUUGGUCCCCUUGCAGCGCCAAAAUGUGCGGCCGCGGCGUCCGUGAACGCUGGCGCAUGUUCCUCCGGAAGUCGGCUCAAAUGAUGAAUUGUGGUUUCGAGAUUAUGGAGCAAGACGUCUGCUAUGGGAUCGUUCCGGACUGCAGGAAGGCUUUUAUGAUGAAAAACUUUACAGCGAUCUGCUCUCUACCGAAAAAUGACGGCCCGUGCCGCGGCAACUUCGAGCGCUGGUAUUACGACAGCACGAUGCGGAAGUGCCAGUUGUUCCGCUACGGUGGGUGCCGGGGCAACGACAACAGGUUCGAGACGGAGGUGGAGUGCCAAGAACAGUGCGCCAGAUAUAUGGACAACCUUGAUGCAACCGUGACCGCCAUUAAUCGCGCGGAGCUCACAGAAGCCUCCAGUCAGGACUUGAAGCGUCUCAUGAUGCAGAAGAAGAAGAUGAUGAACGGAGCACCGCAACUGGACGCCGAGGUGACAAUGCGGAAGAAGCGGAAAAUGACAAAGAAGGAACGAAUGAUGGAGAAGGAGAAACGACGGGAGCGGAAGCGGCAGAUGAGAGAGAAAAAGCGAAUCGUGCGGAUGGAGAAUCAGAAGAAGGCGAUGAUGGCGGGUGGUGAAGGCGGCGGGGAGCGCGUGAAUUGCAUGUUGACGGAAUGGUCCGAAUGGGAGGAGUGCACGGUCACGUGUGGCAAGCAGUACGUCAACCGCUCGCGCAUGAUCAAACGACAGCCCGAGAACGGCGGGAAAAGGUGCCCUAAGAAACUAACCCGCAAACGGAAGUGCAGGGGACUUCCUAAAUGUCCGGUUGAUUGCAAGGUAACAGAGUGGAAUGAAUGGGGUGGCUGCUCCGCCACGUGCGGGCAAGACGCGGUGCAGGAGCGCUCCCGGAGAGUGAUGCAGAAACCAAAACAUGGCGGCAUGGACUGUCCCAGCCUAGUGGAGCGACAACCUUGCAACCUUGCGUCCUGCGCUGGUGAAAAGAUGAUGAAAGAUUACAUGAACUCUAUGCAGCGACAUCCCCCUUCCACGUAGACAAGAAACGCACCAGGGGGUUAAGUGUCAUUUAACAAUUGUGAAAAAAUACUGUGUUCAAUGACUUUUGGGACAACAUGUAUGUUGCUCAAAUGUGUGCUAUGCAUGUAUCAAGUGCCUUAUCUAAAUUAAAGCAAUCAGGGACACUGAACAUUACUUGUCGCUUGUUGAGGUCAUGUCACAGUAGGAAGCGAAAUGUCGGUGUCUCUAGGUGCCUGGUCGAACAGUUAGGAAGUGCAUUUAGCGAAACAUGUAUAUACUCUGUCGAGAUGACAACAAUAAUUUUCUUCUUUGGUGCAGACGCUGAUAAAUCUUUAUACCGUGCCUACGUCAUAAGUCACGUGACAAAAGUUUCGCUUGUUCUUCCAUUUCAAAAAAAGGUGCUGCGUAGCACAUGAAUGGUGAUAACAUUCUACAAAAUGGAGGAUUUAGUUUGACGAUAUAACAUGAACUAUUUUCAGGUUACUUUUAUUCGUUUAUAUGAUAUUUAUUGUUGGUUGUUAGUCUAGUUAUAUGUUGGUUUUGUUACAGUGCCAGUGAUAUAAUUUGCCCUCACACCCUGCAUGUUCAUUGUAGACAUGAUCAUUUCCCAUUAAAUCAACUGUAUGCUGCUAUCGAAUACUGGCCCCAUAUUAACUAACGUCUUGAGACUGGGUUGGAGACUCAGAGUCAAAAAAGUCUGUUUAAAAUUGAAUAAAAAGUCAAAUUUAAUAUCGAUUCUACGUAUUUUACAAGAAAAUAAAGAUUUGCUGUUUUGAGUCCGGCAUGAGUUUCAAACUAACCCUGCAUUAAACUUGGACUCAGAUCGCAUUCUCGAUAGUUCUCCUGAUGUCAUGGUGACGACAUUUAGUGACCAUUUCAUUAUAAGGGUUUUAAUACUUUUCAAAUUCAAUAUUUAGUACAUAUCAUUAGAUGUAUACCCGCUUGUGAAGUCUGGUGCAAAUGUAUGACCCUUAUACAUAUAUGUACUAUGCGUUCAGUUGCGUCUUUUAUUUCUACAGAUCUGUCUAAAUCAGUCUUUAGAUCUGCAGUUGUUUACCAGAAGAACAUAUCAUUAAUCAGCACAGCCUAGCUGAAUCUGUCGUAUAUGUCAUGUGACAUCAAUCCUAUUUCUUUUCUAACUUCGUAAUAUUUUUAUAGCUUUUAUAUAGCCAUUAAUGCCAGAGUUUAUAGAUUUAUCAAUUAUUCGUUUAAAAUUUCUUUGAUAUAUCUCAAACAAUUUAACAUUAAUUGCCUUUAUCUUUGUUAAUUGCAAAAUAGAUUAUUCCAUCUCAAUUCUCGACUACACAUUUCAACAAAAACAUUUUGCACUUCUAUCAUUUAGGCGUAUUUUCUCAAAGUUUUGUCAAUUAUAAAGGUUAUGGCACUAAACUAAUACAUUUUAUUUCAAAGCACAUGUUUGUCUAAACCAUGGUGUCCUCAAUGUUGUUCUUCUUGCAAACAAAAAACUUUAAUAAAGGGAGUUUUCCUAUCUAAGCAAUAAAUUAACAAACCUUAUUUUGGCUGGUCCAAUUUUUAUAAAUAAUAAUUAUUCAACAUGUGCCUUAAUUGCGUGUUUACUUUGAUAUCAAAUUAAGGUAAUGUGAGCGACAUUUUCAAUAAUUUUAGAAAUGUUUAUUUGCCAGUAGUGCAGUUUACCUGUCACUGUACAUAUAUGCAAAAAGCCUGAAGUCAAUAUUUGUACAUUCUUGUAUAGUUAUUAUUACAGUUCAUGUGAUACUUCCAUUUUAUUUUAAAAAAUAAACGCAUAAAAACCUA